ACAAAAUGGCGGCCGGAUUGUUGACAAGUGGUGUUCGUCAAAAUAUUCCUCAAAAAGAGGAUUAUUAACGCUUUUCUGGAAAAAAGAUCGGAUCGAUUGAGAACUUCUUUAUCAUUGUAUUAAGUGGAAAUAGUUUAUUGCAUCAGUCAGAUAACGCAUAAGUGGAUUUUCAUCGUCUGUUUCUCACCGUGUACAAAAUAUAGCAUCCUAGGACUUCGUAGUAUUUUUGGCUUAGAUAUUACCAUGGGGAUCAACUAUCGAGGCGCUUAAUGUGGGGAUCAGAGAAGUAAAAUCCUGAUUGCCAAGGAUAACUGGUUGUUAUUGACACUUAUAUUAUCAUCGAAAGAGCCCAUCUUUGGAGUGUACGCCGUGGGUCAAACAUGUCUGACGCUGUCAUCUCAUUAACGGCUUCCCUUGUGCGGGAGUAUCUUAGCCGAAAGGUAAGCUUUUGUUUUUUCUUAGUUUUGAAAAAAAAUUGAAAGAGUUUAAAUUUCACGUCCUUCAUUCAUCGCGUUAAGAUGGCGAUGAAAUGAUUAAGCUCGAGGUCUUUCGAUGCACCGAACUCAAGCCAUUAGGUGACGCGUUCUAGACGAUUAUAAAUAAUAGAUUUACAGGUAUAUGAUUUAAAAUAACGAUCCAUUUGUGCUUGUGUCUUUUGUUGCCAUUUAUAAGAAUCAAUGUUUCUUGUAAGCCCAAUAUUUCAAGACUUUUCUUUCUAUUUUUCUUAUGUAAGUUACUAAAGCUAUGAAACAAUAUAAUUACCUUGCGUGACGAAAUCUACAUUUAAGAAAAAUCGUUUGCAAAAGAUACAUUUUGUAAUCCAGAAAGCCUGCUAACUAGUAUCCCAUAUAUAGUAAUGUGCUUAAGUGAUGUUCAUUUUCCUCUCUUUGAAAACUUCAUGGAUAUAUUUUACAAAGUAGGUUGCCACAUCUCCUCAGCUGGUCUUCAUUGCCAGAUAUAAUUGUCCCUUAACCCUUUACACCCUAAUAUCAGUAUGCAUAUUCUCCAUACUGUUCUCUAUACAUUUCCUAGGGUGCUGACAAGGAGAGUUUGUUUGACAAUCAAGAGCUUCUUUCGUUGGUGAAUUCACAAUUCCCUUUAUUUUUGUGACCUCAAUGUGUAUGUUCAGGGGGUGCCAAUAUUGUAAGGAGAAAUUAGAUGCUACUCCCUCUAAGGAGUCAAAGAGUUAAACAAGGGGGGGCAAAUGGUAACCUCUAACAACGAAAAUUACUGUUUACUAUUUAUAAUGAUAAUUCUAAAACCAGUUUUGUUCAAUAUUUUGUUCAUUGUUUUGAUGUUUUUAAUAUAAUUACUAUAGGGAUUAAAGAACACACUGCAAACCUUGGAUAAGGAGAUGCCAAGGAGUGAUGAUAGGUAUGGAAAUUUAAUGUUUAACUUAUCAUUUCUUGUAAAACCCUGGAAUAUCAGUUGAUUAUGCAGUCUUAUCUUUGAGGCCUGGGUUAUUCAAAGGGCUACUAAUGCUACCAGAUAAUUGAAUAGAUAAAUCCCUGUCCAGCAGAUAAAUGGCUAUCUAGCAGAAGUGUUAACCCUUUAACUCCCAAGAUCUGAUUGUUAAUUCUUCCAUUUAGCUGCUCCAUAUUUCCUUGUAAAUUAGUUACGAGAAUUUUGUGUCGGUUGAGUGUUCUAAGUCAAGUUCAAGAAAACCUAUUGGUUAGUUUUGCUGGGAAAUUAUCACCUGUGAAAAUUAAGGAUUGUUAAUGUUGAUUGUGAUGGGUCAGUUUUGAUCCCUUAGUAAAUUUAGGUCAGUUUGUUCCUGUAAACUGUACAGUAUUGAAGUAUGACACUGAUUCAAAUUUGAUGAAUUUUGCAAGUUUUAACUGUACAUUUAAAGUAUUGAUUUAGUUUUUUGAUUGCAAUGCUCUAAUUUACUUUAUUUUUCUCCUAGUAUCAGCAACCGUGUUCAACUUGCAAAAGAAAUGCACAUUGAAAAGCUCAUGAAAAAGAACAAGGUAUGAUUGUUCAAUUUUUUCAGUUGAUGUUGAAUUCAUCAUUUUCUUUAUUGCCAGUGGAAGGGGGACAAUCUUUGGGUAUUUUGUAGUCAAAAUACAUUGUACUUUCCUGUACAUGAUGUGAUUAGUCAGCUUAAAGAAAAGCAAAACCAAUGAAAGUGAUGUUAAUUGUUACUUAAAUUCAAUAUUAUGGUUGAUUUUGACAGUUGUGAAGCUUGUGGUCUUGAUUAGUAAAUCAAGUAACUAUGAAUUAUGUUCAAUUUAUAUAGUUACCAAAUGACACUCUUAUUGGCCCAAAGUAUUUCUUUUAGUUUAAGAGUGAGGUGGCUUCUUCUAGAAUUUGAUUAACCUCUUAGUGGAACGACAAACAAGAAAUUCAUUGUCAGUGGUGUUGGGGAGGGAGGGAAGAUGGUGAUGCAUGUAUCCCCCUCCCUCCUCCUCCAACCCUACUGUCUAAGUGUCUGUUUUAGCUUGAUGAUGAUUAGCUCUCAUUCUGUCGGUUGUCAUCAUUGUGUCUUAUUUUCUGUAGGAGCUUCCUGAACCAUUUCGAACCAUGUUGGAAGUCAUGGUUAAGUGUAUCAAAGAACAGGGGGGGUUGAGUUCCUCAUUGUCUGUUGGAGCUGAAAAAGUACAUGAAAGACCCAGAUCAUCAAGGUAUUUAAUUCUUAACAUGAAAUGCAUAAAACUCCCAUUUCAAAGAAAGAAGCCUGGUGGAACAAAUCAUUCUUAAGUUAUCAAAAUAAAGCAAAAGUUUGUGGACAUAAAUGGGAAUGAAGCAUUUAUUGUGAGAAAAAUUGAAGACUAUUUUUUAGAAAUCUCUUUGUGUUGCCAUGCUGGAUCGUAUGAUGUGUUAUGGUUGCCACUAUUAAGACAUAAUCCCCUCUACACUGAUGACACAACACCACAUUUUCUUUUAAAUUAGAAACUUACCUCUUUAUUCUUCUAAGGACUAUUCUCACUUGUUCAUUCAAAUUUUGUUUUCAUUUUUAGGGAAGCCAGAAAAGAUUCGAGAAACAAAACAAUGGCGCAGCCAUCAAACAGUGAUGUUCUGAAUCAAAGUGACAAACUUGAUGAUGAAGAUGACAGAAAAGAUUAUGACGAUCUCUUGAAACAGCUGGAAAAACCAGCACGAAACACUCCAACUACCAAACCAAGCUUGCUAACCAAUGAUUUAAGGACAAAAGUGAAUUCUAAUCAAUCAUACAGCAUUGGAGGGAGUGCAAAUUCAUCUGUUUCAACAGGUUCUAGUGGUUUCUCAGAACCCUCAAUGACUACGCCCACAAUGUCAAGUGAUUCAAAGGCAAAACUCAAAAGUAAAAGGAGGCCUCAUGCCACAGGAGGACCAGUGAUUAGCUCAGGUUUAGCGGGUAAAAGAGACUUGAGGCUGCGUCCUGGUAGUGGCAGACUUAGCAGCAGUCUAUCAGCUCUGAACAAUGGAAGCUUGUUUGGAGAUGAUGAAGUAAGUAAAGAGCAAAACAUUGCACAGACCCAAAAACUGGAUGCUCAAGAUAAUCAUGUAAGUACAAUGUAUAUGUAACAAUUUGAGACCUUUCUGUACCAAGUUCAAAUAUUGUGCUCUGAUUCUCUGUUAGAUUUUUGUUCUUGUAGCUGUUGGUAGUCUGGGGUUUUGAACAAUGUUAAACUUACAUUUAGUUACCUAAUGACUUCAUGCAAAGCUGUACCGUCUGCCCUCAUAAGCUGGCUACUUUCAUUUUGACCCUUUAACUCCCAUAAGUGACCAUGACAGAAUUUCUCCUUACAACAUCAACACAAUAUCAAGCAGACAAGUGAUGAGAAUAAAGAAAAAUAUUAAUUUGUGGGAUUAUUUAUAUCAAAUUCUCCAAACUAACAUCACAAGAACCAUAUGGCUGACAGUAAGGAGAAUUACUAAUGAGAUCUUGGGAGUUAAAGGGUUAAUUUACCAUGAUUGUGACAAUGAAGUAUAAUACAACUAUUUAAAUAUUAUUUCAGUCAUUAAGGAUGAUUUUUACUUUAUGUGGCUUCAUAGCUCAGCCUAUUGCAGCACCAAAUCAGUACCUGGUUGGCAAUUAUAUACAAUAUUUUACAAAUCCUGAAUCAGUUUCCAUUUUCUGCAAUGACUUUAUAAUUUUAGUCUACCUUUAAAAUACAUUUCAUGUAGUAACUGUUGCAAAAAAGAGGAGCUGAUUCCAGACUAUUUAUUUACUUGUCUAAUACUCACCUUGAGCUAAGGGGGGGGGGCAGGGCCUAGUUUUUUGUCGCUUUCCCUGUGUGCUUUUCUUCCUUCUGCAAUUCUUUUUUUUACUCAGAAUUAGGGGGUGCCAAUGCCACCCAGGCCUCCCAGGCCCCUCCCAUAGAUCUGCUACUGUAUGUGAUUAGACAUGUGAUUGUUUUUCUCUUGUCUAGAUUGAUAGGCUUCCUAGGUCACAGGAUUUUUCUCUUGAUCAAAGUGGCAAAGACAGCCACCAACUGUAAGUACAGGCCUGUUCAAAACCCCCAUCUCCUCACCCUUUUUUUCUUCCUCUUUCUAUCAAUCCAUCCCUUUCUUCCCACCUUCUUGGAGGUCCCUUUCUUCUCUGUCUCUCUAACCACAGCUGCACCAUGUCUAAGUAUGCCACACCUUUUUACUGAACCCUCUACAUCCUGACAUCAGUAUGCACAUUCUCUAUACAGUUCGCCAUCCAUUACCUAAGUUGCUGACAGGGAGAAUUUGUGCAACAAUCAAGAGUUUCUUUCGCUGGUGAUCUUUUCCUUUAUUCUCAUGACCUUAAUGUUUGAUUCAGGAGUAAAUAAGGAGGAAUUAAAAGCUAGUCACUCUUAGGGGUUAAAUGGUUUAUACAUUAUCUUGUAAAAUUCUCCACUGAAUAAUAUGGCCUUAAUAUGCUGCAUUUCAGAGGAGACAUUUCUCCAAGGGAAUCAAGAAAAACUACAUCUCAUAGGAGUUCAACAAGGUACUACUUUAACUGUAACAGUAAUUUUCUUCUUGAUAUAGUGGUUGAAUAGCUAAAGAAUCAAUUGUGGUCUGUGUUGAUGAGAAAUGUUGCUUUUUUCUAUUGCAGAAACCAGCCUCCAUCUAACUUCAAGGUGCACAAGGUAACUGGAUUGUCUGUGUCUCUGUGUCUCUGUGUCUGUUUAAGGUAUCGACUGAGCAAUAGAUAUGGUCAUGAAUAUUGUAGUGUGCUGGCAGCCCCCCACCCCCUCAUUGCAGGAUGUGUGUUUCUUCUCCUAUGGGAAGAUUUGAGAUGAGUCAGGGAAGGGUUUGCCAGGAGUCUGGCUGAGACCUCGUACUGCUCAGAGUAGCUCAAUGCCUCAUAAUUUUCUCUGUAAACGUUCAUGCUGAAGAAUUAAUAAGUAAUGAGGGUCUGCUCACAAGCUACGAAUAUUGUCAUAGUAUUCCAUGACAGGAAUGAUAACUUAACCCUUUAACUACCAUGGGUGACCAAGACAGAAUUUCUCCUUACAAUAAUUAUCAUUACAAUAUCAUUACAAUAUCAUUACAAUAUCAUUACAAUAUCAUUACAAUAUCAUCACAAUAUCAUCACAAUAUCAUUACAAUAUCAUUACAAUAUCAUUACAAUAUCAUUACAAUAUCAUUACAAUAUCAUUACAAUAUCAUUACAAUAUCAUUACAAUAUCAUUACAAUAUCAUUACAAUAUCAUUACAAUAUCAUUACAAUAUCAUUACAAUAUCAUUACAAUAUCAAGCAGACAAGUGAUUAGAAUGAAAAAAAAUAUCAAUUAAGGGAUCAUAAGUUGAUCCAAUACCAAAUUCUCCUAUCAAACAUCACAAGACCUGUAUGGCAGACAGUAAGGAGAGGUUACUUAUGAGAACUUAGGAGUUUUAAAAAGGGUCAAAGGAUCAUUUGCACUCCACAAAUCAUUUUUGUAACAAUUAUCAUUAUUAUUUUUUGCUCAGGCUAAAAGUAGUGAUCUGGUGUUUGAAGAUGUUGAUGAGGAUCUUGAUCAGGAACUUGCGCAGUUGUCAUUAGGUAGGUAUACAUUGUAAACAUAUAAAUUUUAUGGCAUUUUUUAGUGAAAGCCAUUUAUGACCAUUUACCCCUACUUUUAAACAUCUUAAUCAACCUUGCAUAACUGUGCUUUACACAGAGUUUUCCUCUUUUUUGGGGUUUUUCUUAGUUGGGACAGUUGUUAUCAGUGGUACUUCACUUCUUGUCGAUAUUCUGCCAAUAGAAACCUCAAGUUUUCCUUCCAAUAAAAGAAGAAAGAGCGGAUUUGAGGGACAUUAAGUGGAACUAAACAACAUAAUGUCAACCUAAGCACUGUUGUUACUAUCAAUAUAAUAAAAUGGGAAGCUCUUAUCAUUGUUAUCAUAACAUUCUACAAAUUGAAUGUGUGAUUUUGCUUAUACAUAUGCAUUUUUUGUCUCAGGUCCAAAGAAGAUUGCCUCAGUUGAUGUUCAGAGUAAGCCUAUAUCGCUAGAAAUUGCCAUGGUAAGUCAAAGCAGGUAAUAUUCACCGCUUGAAAUGAUUCUGGAUUGUUUGUUUGUUUGUUUUUUGUUCAUACUAUAUUUUAUCUCUUUUUUUUUAAUCAGGGUUUGAAAAAUCUUAUCUUUGGAACUGCUACAGCAAGCUUUAAUCCAGAAUGGAGGAAUCAGAGCUUUUCUUUCUGUGACCUUUAUCAACUAGAGUACGGAAUUGUUCAACUGAAGGUAAUGAAAACGUCGCUUUUGUGGUGAGUCUUGUUGUUUUUGUCAUUUGGUCUUACUUCCUCUUAAGAGGAGAUGAAAUUCCGCUAUGGACCAACAUCUCGUGAACGAGGAGAAGAAAUCAAAAACGGGAUGACUUGCCAGAUGUGUGAUAUUUGAUUCGUGAUAUGUGAUGCGCACUGCGUGAUACGAAAUACAUAAUACGUGAUACGAUAGUCAGCGUGAUGGGAUGAUUUUCCUCAAUCUAGGGAGGACCGUGUGGUGUUCUUGCUGCUGUUCAAGGAUUUGUCCUAAAACAUUUGCUGUUCGGAGGAAAGAAGGGCGACAGGAAGAAGUAAGCACUAUACUCUCUCUUUUCGUUUGGUACCUGCACUUUUGGUAGGCUCUGGUGUAUGUGUCUGUGGCAAGAUAUUGCCAUAUAUAUUGAUAUGUGUCUGAGCACUCUGUUGUUGUCGACAGGAAACUCCAACCUUCGUCCCGAGAGAGAACAAAAGCUCUAACGUCUGCUCUGAGUGAAAUUCUUUGGAGGGCAGGAAACAGCAAAACAGCUACCGUGGCUUUGUGAGUUAAGCAGAAUUAACCCUUAAACAAGAACUGAAUUUUAAUUCUCCCUUGUAGCUGCCAUAAUAGGCUCCCGUGUUUGGGUUACGCCUUGCGACCCCUUUUUCGGGCGCAGCAGACUAUUACACCGUCGGAAGCCGCCUAAGGAGAAAGUUAUUGAAAGCCUAGAAUCUUGCACCAUGUCCAGCGCUCAACUGAAAUUGCUCCUGUUUAAGAAUUUGUAAAUUCAUGAUCGAGGUGAAUAAGGAGAGAGCCUGGAGAUCACAGGCUAAUUUGAAUUGCGAUGCACCGUUAACGACCACAGAAUACUACUUAGAGAGAUACAGACUCUUACUCUAGUUCUGAUAUAUAGCAGUUUAGUUUAAAUGUCUGUUCUGUGGUUUAUUGUUUAUUUAAGUGGACUUUGUGUUCUGCAAAAUUGACUUAUGAAUAUCUAUAAUGCGACUUUUAAUUAUUUUGCCCUCUUAAAGACCUACCGGUGGAUCCAACUUUUUCGGUGCUGGAAGAUAUAAACCUGACCAGCUGACAGAAGCAGUAAGUAUUAUAUUUUCUUCAAGUGGCUAAUUCGUCGGAAUUUUUGGUUAGUGAUAGAUACAUUCUUUUCAUUAAAAAUGAUAAGAGCUUUUUGAUCCAAGUUGUAGGUAAAUAAAUUGAUGUUUUGCAAUGUCAACUGUUCAUGAAUUUCAUGAUGGUGUGCUUUACCUAUCAUCAAUCUCUUUAGCUUGUUUUACAUGAUUUCAAGUCUUCGGAAAGUCUUCACAGCUUUCUCUCCCAAAACAUAACUCAGGUAAGGUUUGUUACGUUUUAAAAUUUAUCUGCAAAGACCGGGAAAGACGGCACGCAGUAACUUGCGAGCCAUUUGUAGAUGUAUAUUUACAGUGUUUUGAAACCUUAAAUGCUAUUAAUGGCUCCAUAUAUUUUUGAAGCUCGAGGCAAGAACAUAAGUUUAGAAUUCUAAGAGUUACAUGCAUAUAGGUAGCCUUGAAUGUCUUAAAGGUGUCCUUAGCGUGGUUUGUUAAGCAAUCAACUCCUUCUAAACCAAGAAAGAACAGGGAUGGCCAAGGAUGUCUAAUGAUGGCCAAUAUUGGCCAGGAAUGGAAAAUAUAGCAACAGAUUGCAGAUGAUGAGCUUAAAAAGCCUAGGAAAAAUUUUUCGAGAUUCAUUCCUCAUGAAUUUAGAAAAAAAUAGCACAAUCUACACUUGUGGUGUCGUGUAUCAUUUGUGAUGUGGUAUAUGCAUUCCAUAUAUUUCCUUAGCGAGUCCUCAGUUCUUUAAGCUGAUGAGACAUUAAGUUAAAAGUCAUGAUAAAAAUAAUGGAAAAUACAGUUCUUGCUGGAUUUCUUACAGCCAUGUUUUUUGUUUUACUUUUCAGUUUGAAUCUGACAAAAGCAGUGGGUGUAUUUUGUUGUUAUAUUCCGCAAUAUUGUCAAGAUCAAUUCAAAAGUACGUGUGUUUUCUCGGUUUUUCUUUCGAAAUUUAUGGCUCACUUGUUUAGCUGACUAAGUUAUAGUAUUCGUCUUUUCGUAGGGUAAUCUCAGAUAUGGAUGAACCAACAAAUACUCUGAUGGGAGCCCACGGUUAUUGUACGCAGGUUAGUCAUAAUUAGAUUGCCUUGAAUAGAGCAUCAAGUUGAGAGAGACUGUUUUCCUCGCGUGACUACAGCAGUCAAAUGUAACGCAUGCGCAAAUGAGGUAGUUUUGGCCAGCCGCGCACUAGUUUCCCACGCAAAAUUUGAAAGGGAAGUGGAAGAACUAGACGUCGUUACGCGAAAUUUACGAAAAUAAUUUGCAAAAGGAAGGAAAAAUGGGGAAAAGAAAUCUUGAGACUUGUCGAAAGCAAAAUGCGGGUAUUCUUUUUACUUACCAUUUUCUUUUGAACUUUAUCAAAAAAGUUACCACAAAGGCUUCAAAGACAGGAGCUUGAUGAACGCAAACACACUAACUACAGUCUCACUCACUUUUCUGCCUGCUUUCUACGCGCAAAGUUCCCGGAUAUACUUUCCUUUAUGCUAUACCGCUGGCCUGGUAUACUUCACUUUGUCUUAUUGACAUCCUCUCGUUUAAGGAAAUGGUCAACCUAAUUGUCACUGGCAAAGCAACAUCCAACACAUUUGACAACAUUAUGGAGAUCGACACUGGAGGGGCAAAGAAGGUGACGUCUGUAACUUCACUAAUACGUUUUGGUAACGAAAGUUGUUCAACCUUGAUCAGUAUAGAGAAAAAUCUUUGAUAGGAAGCGUUUUCAGGCACACAAAGACGUGGAACUUCUAACCGGAGCAUAGGAGACUCGAUAGGCAGCGGCUGUUGGAUGGAAGAAGGGACUUCAAAAAGGACUCUAACGACCCUUUUUUUUUUUCGGGGGGGGGGGGGGAGAAACCGUGUAGGGGGAGCAGGGGGGAUGUGGAGCCUAGGUGAACACUCGGAUGCAUGAUUUUUCUUUUUCUUUGCUUGGUGCACAAUUUCAUAGUUCAGUUAUCGAGGACUGUAAUUGUAAAAACAAUUUUUGUCUUUUUCUAAAUUCUCCUUUUAAAUUAUUCCUUUUUCUUAGAAUGUAUUUAAAGGAAUAGAAAAACAAAGCGACAUUGGACUUCUGUCGUUAUUUGAACACUACAAGUCAUGCGAGGUGGGCUACAUUUUAGUCACGUUGUCUUUGAACGUUUCAUGUUGUAAGGCAGAUCAAAUAUUGUAACCAAAUAUUGUUGGUAAGUUUUAUUUGUUGAGUUCCCCAUCGGGCUUCCGUUUUGAUCUUAUCCAAUCUCAGUCAUCCUUGUCUUUUCUCGGUGCAUUACCAGCUCAUUCAUCUUUUCUUAUCUUACCCAACCAAUAUAUUUUAUCUCGGUAGAGUCUGCGGUAGCUUUGUACCGUACAAAGAGUCCUUUCAUAAUCGUCAAGAAGUUCUUCAAAUUCUCUAAGCCCCAGAGUCUACCUAUGAAGUCUCCCUAGAAGUCUUCAUUCAUUUUCUUGUAACAACUGUGGUUAGAAUUUGUCACAGACAAGAGCAGUUUCUAUUCAGAGAUCACUUCCUUCAUUCUGACAUGUAAUAAUGUGUUGUUUUUUUUGUAAAGAGAAACUAAAAUCUGGUUACACUUUGGGCUCAAAGGAUCGAUGAAGAGAUGAUCAUGCUGCUGAAAGAUUGUUUGUUUUUGUCUCAUUUUAAGGUUGGUAUCAACUUCAAAAGCCCCAAGUACCCCAUCUGGGUCAUCUGCAGCGAGAGUCACUUCAGUGUACUGUUCUCUGUGGACAGAAACCUCUUGGAUGAUUGGUAGGUACUUGUUCCUUUUAACACAAUGUGUUAAUUGAGGAUCGGCAUUUGUUACCUGGCUAUAAGAACAUUUCAUUUUUGCAUUAAAUUCGGGAGGGGAUAGUAAUGUCGUGAUUUAAGUCUAUCAACUUGACUUUUUCUCUUACUUUCGUUCUCAUCGUUGUACUGUGGAACCUCGCAAACUCAAAUUUGGAUGACUCGAAAUUCGCGCAAUUUUCCUUGAAGCGUACUUCGCAGAGAAGUAAAAUGAGCUAACUCGAACUCCCUCAGUUUUCCGGACUGUUUUCCAAUAGAAUGAAGGGGGUAAGGUUCUAAAGAAAGUGUAGUGCUGCGUCAUUGGGAGAGUAUAACAAGGUAAUUUGGUAUAUCAACUGAGUUGAUGAUGUAAAUAGGCCACCGUAACUGAAGAGUUUAAAAGCUGAUGUUUCGAGCGUUAGUCCUUCGUUAGAGCGAAUGGCGAAUGGAUAACGCUCGAAACUCAGUUGAUAAUACCAAAUAACCCUGUUUUACAUUUGCCUUGUCAGUUCAACUGAGUAGGGCUCUGCUGUAGCGUUUUUACACGAGUUUCAAUUUCUAUUCCCUUAACAAAUGAUUGAAAAUGGCGUGCUUCGAUAAAACUUGGAAGGUCUGGGUGGAAAACCGAUAAAAUAACGAAGAGACUGAGUACAAUCCAAGCCUUUCGUGGUAAUACAACUUAGCUAAUAACAAAUUUUAAUGAUUUUUCUUUUUCGCUGUGUAGGAAGUUAGAAAAGAAGUUUGAUCUUUAUUACUAUGACGGUCUGGCCCGCCAAGAGGAGGAAAUCAAACUAACAAUAGGUAAGGUCGUCAUAUGUAAAAUCAAAACUCGUGCCUCAAGCGUAGUCGGAGAAAUGCGGGUGACGAGGGCGCGAUUUGUUUUUGUUUGGCAUCUGAUUGGUUCAAAAUGGGUGUGAAGCGUUAUUUCUUGACCAAUCACAGAGCGGGAAACAAAAGUAAUCCUGGAUUACUUAUUCGACUUUAAUACAUUCAAUGAAAAUAAGAACAGAGAAUAUAUAUGGCGUCACACUGGUUUUAGCAGUGUUGCCGUCUCAGAAUAUAACUGGCUAAGUUACGCUAUGAUGUGAAAACUGUUUUGGCAAUUACGAGGAGAAGGUCUGUAGACUCGAAAUAUUUUCAGGGUGAAAUAUUGUUGAGAUUUGCUCAGUGAAUGAUGUUUGACUCUUACCGGUGGUUCCCACAAUCAAACAAGUCAUUAUAUUAUAAAUGUAAGCCAUUUUAACAAUAGAUUUGGCAUAGUACUCAUGUUCAUACUUAAAUCUAUUCAUUUGGCGUUAACUAGAUACAACAAGGGAAUGUCCUGAUUACAAAGACACCGAUCUUGUCCCUCCACUAGAACACUGCAUUAGAACAAGGUUUGUAAAUCAUAGUGAUUUAAGAGAGAAUUUUUUUGUUCUGGAAGCCUGCCCAGGUGCUCAGUUAGAAUUUAGCGUUGCAAAGAAAAACACGCGGAACAAAUGCAAGGGUGAAGAAAGCUUGUUCAAACCUCAGUCUUUUGCGAUCAUUUUCCUGAAGGCCUGGAUCGUUUCAAAAUGACGCCUUGC